CAAGAAAAACACAUUUUAUAAUAUGAUGGGGUGCGUUGUCUUUUGGAUCAAUAUAAAAAGCUGAAGCUACUACACACUUUAUUGCCUACAACAUUUAACAAAUGACAUCUUUCACUCCAUUCAACUGAGGCAUCCUGCCUUAAUAGCACGGAGGGGAGAAGAUGGAUUUAACAAUUGCAGUGCUAUUAACUUUAGCCCUGAGAUGCAUUCAUUCUGCAUUGAUGGACUACAAGAAUUCAACUUUAAAAGAUGGCAUGAAAAGCGAAGAAACUGAACAAGAUGUGUUUCGUAUAAUUUUAAAACAGAACAAAGAACUAUUAAAGCAGACAGGAAAUAAAAAAAUUCAUUUUGGCGAUGUUCUAGUUGAUAAAUCCAGAAAUGCUAUGGUCUGUAAUUGGGAACCAAGAAGUUGCUUAUGGCCCGCUUCAGAGGAUGGGAAUGUUUAUGUACCAUAUAAAGUAUCUAGCGAUUACAAUGAACAGGAUAAAACGAAAAUUCAAAAUGCGCUGGGUGAAGUCAAUUCUUUAACAUGCGUGAAAUUUUACUACAAGCGACGUAAUGAACGUGCAUAUAUUUCUGUUACACAAAAAGUAGGGUGCUUUGCACAUGUAGGUUACGCAAAAUCGGAAAGGGGGAUGUCAUUGCAAAAACCAGGUUGUAUACAGCACGCUGUAAUAAUACAUGAAUUUUUGCAUUCAAUUGGUUUUCAGCAUGAGCAAUCCAGAACUGAUCGUGAUAAAUAUAUCACAGUCUUUCCUGAAAAUAUUUGUCCCGGGCAGGAAUAUAACUUUAAACUACUAAAUACAAAUAAUCUAGGCACAAAAUAUGACUAUGGAUCAGUCAUGCACUACGGCAAAACCGCUUUUGCCAAAAAAGGAACAUUCACUAUGCUAGCAAAGCCAAAUUCAAGCAUUGAACUAGGACAAUAUUUAGGCCUUUCCACCACAGAUGUUUAUAAGAUUAACAAACUGUAUAACUGUGUUAUUUGUGGAAAUAUGUUAAUUAAGAUGUCUGGAAGUUUCACCUCUCCAAAUUUCCCAGCGAACUAUCCCAAUAAUGCUGACUGCCUGUGGAUAAUUAGAUCAAAACGCAAAUACAAGAUCCUUUUGGAAUUCUCUUCAUUUGCAAUAAAAGAAUUUGCAGCUUGCCUUGGUGAUCACGUAACAGUUUACGAUGGUGCAAAUAAGCUUGCAAAAAUCCUUGUAAGACCAGCUUGUGGUGCAGAAAGUCCAGCAGCUCUGUCAUCCAAUAAUGAGUUACUUAUUACAUUCCGCUCUACCUGGAGAUUACCAGCCCGUGGUUUCAAUGCUAAUUAUAAAUUUGUUGAGUGUGGGUUUAUGAUGAAAAGCAGAAAAGGAAAUUUUCUCAGAUUCGCUACCCCCUUCAGGGUCACACACUGCUUUUGGGUCGUGCUCGCCAGAAUGAAGCGCCAGUUGACCUUGAAAAUUAAAGACCUGAAUAUUCAAAAGACAAAAAAGUGUGAAAAUCAUCUAAUCAUUCAUGGCAAUGCACAAAGCCCUCCAAGAAAAUACUGUGAACAAUCCUUAUAUCCAAUAAAUAUCACCUCCUCUGGGCGUGCAAUUGUGUUGGAAUUUCAUCAUGCUACGUCAAUUAAUCAACAUGGAUUUAAGGUUUCUUACAGCAGUGUUUUCAAUAAACAUCCGCCUGUAGUGGUGCCUCAGGCCUCUCGUGGAAGUUACUACAACAGUUUUGGGCUUGCACCAGGCAUCUUACUGACAUUUUUAUGGAAAACAUAAUUGUUGUGAAAACCAGAAUACCAUCAGUUUUUGGAUUUCUCUGUGCUCUGCCUCCAGAUUAAAGAAAGUUUACACCAGUAUAUUUGGCCAGUGAUCAACUUACAUACAUUAUAUAUCCCUUUGAACACAUUCAUCUGCAGCCUUAAACAAAAGCCCUGAAAUCGAAGUCUGAGAAGGUAGACGAAGAACAAAAUAAGUUUAUCUGAAAUCAAUAUUCAUCUGAAAUUACCACCUUGGCCUUUUCAAUGAUACAUUGACUGAGUUAACUGCUGUUUUCUAAUCGUCUGAGGUAACAUUUCAGAGUGGUCUAGUUUGUAUUCCCAUAAUGCUCUCACAACAUAUUCCCCAUAUAAAUGGAGUAUAAAUUUGUCUUAGUAACCUGUCUUAUGCCCAAUGCAAAAAAAGGUUUGACUUGAUAAAUGGUAUUUUUAAAGAAAAGGAUUUUUUCAAAAUUACUUCAGAAAUAUUUUGAUAUGUUAGCAAUAAGUCUAUAGGUUAUAAACAUUGAAGGUUUCUACUACAAUUAAAAAAGUGUACAAUCUUUACACUUUCAUAGACAAGUAGAUGCUUAAUUUGCCAUCAUGGAAUGAGCUGGCCUUGAUUGAGGGCAUCCUUCUUGCAUUUACAUUGCAUUGAUCCCUUUCAUAGUGGCUGACAUUGCAUAUGAUAUUUUUUUCUGAAGUAUUUUAACAACCGUUCACUGGUGGGAAAUCUACCACAAAUCAUCAGUUGCCAGAUAAUAAUUACUAACUCAAGAAAUUGAGUCAGACAUACCUGAAUGAGAGUUAAAAGGCUUCAUUGUCGUUUUGGCAUUUCUCAAUGACUCAUCUUUUCAUUAAUUACAGUAGUUAAACACACCAGAUACAUUUUGUAAUUCAUUUUUUGACGUUAUGCCUUUUUUCAUUUGCGUUUCUCCCAAAAGGAGGAAGGAAAAAAUAUAGAACCUCUUAUUUUCAUUGCAUUUCUCUUGCAUCAAACUGAAUGAGCAAUGGGUUCCAAGAAUUCUGCAGUUGGCAUUGAAUCAGAAAUUCUCUUGUUGCUGGAGUGAACAAUAACUGCAAGGUUGAGGUGAAACUAACUCCAUUACUCUGAUUAACUAGCAUUGCUCUGUUCAUUUGUUUCCCUACAGAUAAACGGUUUGGAUAUUUUAGUUUGAAAUUAUUUGCUAAUAAAAUGUUACUUUAAAAAUGACAUGGUCCCUUACAUUUUACUUUGGAAAAUUCAAAGGAAUACAAGAAAAUAUUAAAUAUAUGCAACCCGUUAAGAACUGAGGUUCUCUGCUGGAGGAAGGAUCUGUAUGUUCACAUAAGGAUAUGACCUUUGAGUACUGGGAACUUGCUUGUGUAACUGCUCAAGGUUACUUAUUAAGGUAAAUAUAUUUUGGGGCAAAUAGCAGGUAUGGGACAUUUUUAUAUUCUUUUUAAGAAUGUUGACACUCCUGACUGGAUGAAUACCCUUGAUGACGUUUCUCAAAUUCCUCCUAUUUUGGUGUGCAGGAGACAUUGUGAGACUACCAGCCUCCAUCCCACCCCACUUUGUACAGCCAUUUGUUGGCAAUCUUUCCUCUUCUCAGUUCUGAUGCAAGGUCUCAACCUGAAAUGUCGACUUGCAAUUUUUGCUCCCACAGAUCCGGUUUUAUCCAAAGAGUUCUUCCAGUGUUUUUUGUUGUUUCAGAACCACAUAACUACCUCAAUUGUAGAGAAAAUGCCAUAUCCUCAAGAUGAGAUCCUGGUGCCUAAAUCAAUCCGAUAUAUGCGAACUAGACAUGUGGACUUCAUCGUUGCAUGCAACUGCAGAUGCCAAAGGAAAAGUAAUACAUACACCCAUAGACUGAGUGACAUGAGGUGCAGUAGCAAAGUAAUGGGAGCAGGAGGACAAGAAAGGAAGAUGGAUGAUUUGACAUUCAACCUCAGCAGAACGAAGAAGGGAUGCUUGAUUUGACUCGACAAAUGAGAUGAUAGAUCAUACUCCCUGAUAAUAUCCAAUAAUCUUUGUCACACAAUAAACCUUAUCACCAAUAAACCACAGCAAUAAUCACCUGUGGGACACCAGAUUCCCUCACACUCUGCUGAGCAUGCACAUCUGCACUGAACAUAAAAAGAUAAUUGACUAAUUAGUCAUAGUCAUCGAGUGAUACAGUGUGGAAACAGACCCUUCGGCCCAACUUGUCCAAAUCCCAUACUCUGGGCAAGAGACUCUGUGCAUCUACUUGAUCUAUUCCUCUUAUGAUUUUGUACACCUCUAUUAGAUCACCCCCAUCCUCCUGCGCUCCAAGGAAUAGAGACCCAGCCUAGUCAACCUCUCCCUAUAGCUCACACCCUCUAGUCCUGGCAGCAUCCUCGGAAAUCUUCUCUGAACUCUUUCAAGCUUGACAAUAUCAUUCCGAUAACAUCGUGAGCAGAACUGAACACAAUAUUCUAAAUGCGGUAUUCUACAACUGCAACAUGACCUCCCAACUUCUAUACUCUACACUCUGACUGACUCAGCCAAAAGUCUUUUUGACCACCUUAUCUACUUGCGACUCGACCUUCAAGGAACCAUGCACCUGCACGGCUAGAUCCCUCUGCUCUACAACAUUCAUUGUGUAGGUCCUGCCGUUGUUAGAUGUCCCAAAAUACACCUCAAACUUGUCUGUAUUAAAUUACAUCAACCAUUCCUCAACCCAGCUGGCCAAUCGAUCCAGUUCCUGCUGCAAUCUUUCACAACCAUCUUAACUAUCUGCAAAAUCACCCACUUUUGUAUCAUCAGCAAACUUUCUAAUCUUGCCCUGUAUGUUCUCAUCCAAUUCAUUGCUGUAGAUGACAAACAGUAACGGACCAGUACCGAACCCUGAGGCCUGUCCCACUUGGGCUUCAUUUUCAGCGACAGCCUGAAAAGAGGUUGUCGUGGUCGAGUCGUGAUGCAUGUAAUGACGCGAGGUGUUUCCCAGUCGCCCCUGGAUUUUGGAAUGUUCAAAAUCCAGGGGCGACAUCUGGGUGUCUCAUCAUGUUGUGCGCCGUGUCACACGCUGACGUAUGCUGUCCUGCAGGUGACGCCUGGUUAGGGUUAUGGUUGGGGUUAGGGACCACAGAUGGGCUGUAAAAUAUUCUUCCUUUAAUGCAUGGAUUUUAAACAUUAAUGUAUUAAAAUGAAUACAAUAAAAUCAAUUGUGCAAAUGAAAAGAUGUCUGAGUCGUUCAGUUUUAUUUACAGAUGUAUUGG